UCGUUGCUCCCGUAAUGAAAUGGAUCUCUUCCCUCGACAACUCCUGCACUCCCCUCUAGUACCGUGGAAUGGUUUGACCCGUCCUGCACGAUGAGACACUGACAACAAAGAAAGCACAUAGAGAGUGCUUUAAGAGGAGGGAGCAGGAUGUAAACACAGGGGGAAAAGAGGGGUGCUUUGCGGUUUUUUAAUUCCAUUUCCUGGACUAUUAUGGGCGAUCAAUACUGCAUGAGGCGUUUUCGAGUGGACAGACACAAUAUUACACGUGUGGAUGAGAGGAGUUGAGAGCCGUGUGACGUUUUCCUGGAGUUGUUCUUCUCCGGGUUGGCAUGCAUGCAUGCAGUGGGGGUGAAAUGGGGUCAUUUUCAAGCUGACCAAGAAGACGAGGAUGAUUCUCCCGUUGGUUCUCUUUCAUGGACAAUGCAAGAAACGCUCGACUAUGUUUUUUGAUUAGUUUCCCACAUCUCAAUGGGUGAGGCCCACUGAUAAAGAACACCCCCAAACAACCUCUCCAUCCCUGACCCGCAGAGUCCUCCCGUCAAUGCUGGCUCCCCUCACAUCUGUCGACAUGGCUUCCACCAGCCAGCUGCUGGGUCUGGCCGAGCUGGGGCUGAAAUGUGACCAGGAGAUAGAGAGGCGAUAUGAGAUUGUGCCCUCUGUGGUCUGCUCCAUGAGCUGCCUGUUUGGAAUCGUCUAUUGCUUCUUUGGCUACAGAUGCUUCAAGGCCGUCCUGUUCCUCACAGGCCUCAUGUUCGGGUCUGUGGUCAUCUUCAUGCUGUGCUACAAGGAGAGGGUGAUGGACACUCAGCUCAGCAUUGAGGCAUCAGUGGGCAUCGGCCUCGGUAUUGGGACUUUGUGCGGCCUUGUGACAAUGCUGGUCCGCAGUGUCGGACUGUUCAUGGUGGGCCUGCUGCUGGGCCUGUUGGUUGGAGUGGCUUCAUUGGUGGUCAUGGAGGAAUUUUACCACCCAAGAACAGUCUGGGUUCCUCUGGGAAUCCUUCUGGGUUCUGGGACUCUGUUUGCUGUCCUCACCCUUCAGUGGCAGCGUUGCUUCGUGACCUUCUCCACCGCAACUUUCGGUUCGGCCGUCAUCACAAUCACGGUGGAUUACUUCACAGAGCUGUUCGCAAUGGUGCACUACGUCUAUGAGAGACUCAAGGUGGCACCCAAGAAGCCGGUCUGCUGGUUCACAUGGGUCAUCAUGGGGGUGUGGCCUGUCCUGGCACUGCUUGGAGUGCUGAUUCAGUGGAAAGUCACAGCAGAAGGUUUUUCUCACACGGAGGUGGUUUUGAGUCGACAACAAAGGAGGGUGCAGCUCAUGCGCAUCCGGCAGCGAGAAGAGAGGCUUAAAAAGGAGAAUGAGAACAAGAAGAAGAAACAACAAAACCAGAAGAGCAGCCAAAAGCAAAAGGCCAACGGUCAUCACCACCAGCAGUACCACCACCCGGGGACGUCUCACCCUCAUCACCCAAACCGAAGCACGCAGACCCCCAAAGUCCCUCCCCCUCAUACUGAGCCAGGCUUCCAUCGCAAGCCCAACCCCAAAAAGCGCAUUGAAGGAGAUGUGCUCUCACCGAGCUACAUCCGCAGUUUCAGGGACAGGCAAACAGACCGACGAGCGUACUCCCACAGUCGGAUGAUGAGCCGCUCCCGGAUGGCUGAACUUGACUAUGACUGUGGCUCUCAAGUGCCCCUCACAACUCCCUCUGCAGCGACAGUUCGUAUCUGAUGUGUGAAAAAGCACAAAUCCUUCCCAAAAACUAAAUUACAAAAACGCGUUGAGUGUGGUUUGGCACGUUCAAGGCUGUGUCCAUAUGGCCUUUGGCUUUUAAUUUAAAGCCGAAAUAGAACCUGAAGUACAGGAACUUAGCUGCAUUUUAAGUCAGCUUGUCACCUGUUUUCAUCAUCAAACAAAUAGCAUCAGAACCUGCAACAAAACUGUCAUAUUAUCUGACAUCCAUUAAAAUCAUGGUCUUUCCAAGUGCGGCUUUAAUUUAUGUCUGCUGCACUUUAGAUUUUGGCCCAAGGAGGUCAUAUUGAGUGACUUUUAAGGAAGCUCCUGCCACCUUCAGAAGUCGCCUUUGCUGAAAGCUUUCCCAAGGAGAAGGUUAAGUCUCCUCACUGGAAGAUGAACACAACACUUUUCACUGCCUGCUUUUUUUAUAUAUAUAUCAUAAAUCCCUCUGUAAGAGCUUAUGCUCUUAUCACAUCUAUUGACUGGUAGCUGUGUUAGUCCAACCAGCUCUAGUCCAUUGCAGAAAUAUGUACAUUUUCAGUCUUAUCUUUCUCAAAUGAAAACAUCCAUCCAUCUUCUUCACCGCUUACCUGGUUCAGGGGACCUGAAGCCCAUUCCUGAUGAUUUUGAGCGAAAGGCAAACAUGGCAUGUAUUGGUUGCCAGUCAAUCACAAGUACAUAUAUACAGACAUACAGACAUUCUCCGUUACUGAGUGACCAGGCAAGUGAACCACUACACUGUCGUCCACUCCUAAAAGGCUACCCUUUUUAAUCCCAAUAUCUUUUAAGUAGAGGUGGGACUUUAACACUAUAAUUAUGAUAGAUUAAUUACAGACAAAAUAAUUAGUUAAAAAAUUAACGCAUUUUUAUCUCAAUUGUCUUCCAAAUAACACGGAACUUUUGUCAGUGUACGAUUUCCCGGUACACCGAUUACACUGACGCGCAUAUCAGAGCUUGGCUACCAAAAUGGAGGAAUUGGUUGAAACAGCGAGGGCUGAUGGGAAAUUCACUGGCAAAGUGGCUUGCUCUGGUAGAAGAUAAAAAAGAAAAAUGUGCUACAGAUAGGCAGCGACAUGUGAUCCAACAUUUCAACUGCCACACGGAAACCAUUUAAAGCUAAUGCCUGUACUGUUCUGGAAAAAGAAAAAAAAACUGUCCUAAAAUGUCAAUUUAACUUUAGGUCUGUUUAAUUUUGGCCAGGGUUAUUUCUGCUGGUUUUUCAACUGGUUUGAAUUGGAAUGCAAUUAAAUGCAUUUUUCCAGAGUUAACAAUAUUCCCAUCUGUGUCAAUUAUUUGAUAGUCGUCCACUAAAACCCAUUUAAAUGUUGCUUUAUAGGACAAAUAUUUUUUUACAAUUAAAAUGUGAUUAAUCUAGAGUAAUUCAAAACAAAACCUCUAAUUAGUUAAUUUUACUAAUUAUCUUAGUCCCACCCCUACGUUUAAGUUCUAAAGAUCAUUGCCUAAUUUUUUUUUAUAGACAGAAACCAAUCCAUCGUUCCUAUUUUGACUCAUUUAAAUUAUAAAUGAACGAAUGCAGCUUCUCGCCAGAAGUCAGUUAAUUGUAACCUAAUGAGGACAAGCGCCGUAGAAAAUGGAUAGAUGUGGUUUUGUGGGUGAAUAUAUUCUUUGCUCAUUGUUAUUUGAUUUUCUUCUUCAAAUUCACUGACCCUGUUUAAGACCACAGCAAAGGUCUUUACACAAGCACACAAGCAGCGGUUGUUACUGUAUUUUACAGGCCCCAAAAGGAAACUGACUGCUCUGAUCAUGUUGUGCUGUUAAGGCAGACUACACACAACAGUGAACAAACAUGUAAUGAAGUCAAGUGUUACAGUGUUGGUGCAGACACACGAGCCCUUUGGCAAGUGAUGGAUUGUACCAAAUAUUGGCCUACGUGAGGGGGGUUUCUCUACCAAUGUAUGUAAAUGUAACUAUGUGAUGGUUUUUGUUGUUGUUUUUGUUUUUCUUUGGAAAAUACAUGAGUAAAUACCGUAAUUCUUAUAAAUACCACGAAUCCCAUCACGAUGGUGGUGAUGACAUUGAAAUUUGGUUCUAGAUGAGACUCGAGAUGGAAAGAAUUGCAAGGGCGCCCUCUAACGUUUGGAACUGGACUCUGUGUGUAUUCGUGUGGGACUUAUGUGCUGUCUUCUUGUGAUGCACAUCCAGAAAGCAGCAUUUUUAUGGUUUUAUUUUAACUUUGUAUUCGCUUUAUAGUUGUUACUUUCUUAUUGGGCCAUGAAACAAGAAGCCAUUGCUCAACUAAACAUAUAUAUAUUUAAACUUGUACCAAUUUUGGGUUUACAUCUUGUAGAUGUUUUAAUAAGAUAAAACGAAGGAUUGCAAAGACUAUAAUACUGAAGUGCCACAACAUGCAGUAUGUUGUGGUUGUGUUAAUCUUGGCAGGCUUUGCACUUCUUUGAGGGGUACACGUGCACUGUUACCCCUUUCAUGCACGAGUGUCUUAGUCGAACUGUUUUGUGUUUUCAUUGUGUCAGUGUGUCUAUGUGACAUGUGUUCUCGUGACAGUUUAGCAGUCAUAUUAGACUAAUUUCAAAAAGUGGUGAGUCCUGUCCAAAAACCCCAACCACGACAUACUGAAAAUGUUACUAAUUUACCCAGGAAAAAUCAAUAUUUUGCCAUCAUGUCAUUAUUUCAUCAUGCCAAUUAAUACAACCUGACAUCUUUUCAUAUCACACAAUACAUGCAUGUUUACUAUUAAUUACUAUUCUGCAGCAUUACUUUUUGUGCAAAAAUCCUACUAAAUUCUUGUGAGUGUAGGAUACGUGUAGGUGUUUCUGUUGAUUUGUGACAUGUAAUUUGAUUUGUAGGUCCUCAGCAUCAAAUGCAUUGAAAGGACAACAGGAUAUGUUCAACUUGUGACAUUCGCGCCGUUGUCCUUCCUUAUUCUUUGUCUUUUAUGUUUCACGUCUCCUCUCGUGUCUUUAUCAUCUCUGUUUAAUCUUUGCAGGAAAAGGGCUUUGAAAAAGAAUGAGAACAUUUCCGUCCUCCCAUACGCAAUGUUUGUAAUGUAAUGUAUUGUCAUCAUUUUGCAUUUUAGCUCAUAUUUGUAAUUUGACAGAUUAUUUUUGUUGCACAGAUGAAUUUGGUGGCAUAUUGGAUUACUACAGUCAAAUUCAGUGAUUUAAAAAAUCACUGUGUUCAAUCACUCUGCAACUCCUGCAAGAUGUGUUUGAGGGAACACUUAUUGUACUGUAGAUAUUAUGAUGUAAAUAACUUUUUAAAUGUACUGAACGUUUGCUGUCGUCAUGUUUACGCUAUGGUCUUGUAGAUAUAUUUUUUUGCAGCGGGUUAUUUCUUUUGGUGCAGUAGAUAUUUUGAAAUUGUGUUCUUGAAUGUUCAAUUGGUUUGUUUUUAUUUGAAAGCUGUGAGCCUGUGAAGAGAUACUGAUUCACCUUAAUGCCAUCAUUUAAUUUAUUAUUAUUAUUAUUAUUGAGCAUGUCUUUAAAUGGACCUAUGAUAUGAUUAAAUGACAUACAUGUGAUUCUACAA